CUAUUUUCUUUCUUUAUUUCUUUCACUUAUAAGGAAGUGAAACAAAAAGUAAAAGAGUCAGAACAAUGGAAACAGAUUCCUGAAAUACUCAAUUUCUCUUCUUUGAAUUCAAUGCUGCAGAAAAUUAACUCGAAACUAUUGCAGAUUUAAAAUCUGUCGACAGUGAGAAACAUAUAAUUUCCUAGCUUCGAAGAUCAUUUGUUCUUCAAUUAAUUAAGAAAUCUGACAGUAUCCACUGGCAUUGCAGAUAAAAAAAUGAAAUAUAUUUAAGAAUUGAUAGUGUUUAUGUAAUGAAGAGUAGUUUUGGUAGUUGCAAGGAGAAGAUAAUUAAAUGGAGAGUGGUACAACAACAAGUGUUAUUCAUAGGCAUUCAGAUGUAGUGAAGGAUCCUUCAUGGUUUAGCCAGUUUAAAAAUGGGUGCAACCCUUGGAUGGCUCGAUAUGUUUAUGCAUUGAUCUUUCUCUCGGCUAACCUCCUGGCUUGGACUGCUCGAGACUAUGGCCAUGCUGCUUUAUCAGAAAUGGACCGAUUGAAAGUAUGUGCUGGUAAAUCUGACUGUUUAGGAGCUGAAGGUGUCCUACGAGUAAGCUUGGGAUGCUUUGUAUUUUUUAUUAUAAUGUUUUUUUCAACGGUUGGUACCUCAAAGUUCCAUGAUCCAAGAGAUUCAUGGCAUUCUGGAUGGUGGGUUUCUAAAAUUAUCCUGUGGAUUGCAUUGACAGUCAUGGCAUUCCUUGUUCCUUCUGCAUUUAUUCGUCUUUAUGGAGAGAUUUCUCAUUUUGGUGCCGGGGUGUUUCUCUUGAUUCAGCUAAUAAGUAUAAUUAGUUUCAUUACAUGGUUGAAUGAUUGUUGCCUAAAAGAAGAAAAUGCAGAAAGAUGCCAAAUGCAUGCAAUGCUAAUUGCAACAAUUUCAUAUGUUGUGUGCAUAGUGGGGAUUAUCUUGAUGUACAUUUGGUACACACCACAACCAUCUUGUUUUCUGAACAUUUUCUUCAUUACUUGGACACUUGUACUUCUACAAUUAAUGACAAGUGUCUCUCUUCAUCCAAAAGUUAAUGCUGGCUUCUUGACUCCGGGGUUGAUGGGACUUUAUGUGGUCUUUCUUUGUUGGUGUGCCAUUAGAAGUGAACCGGCAGGCGAAAGCUGCAACAGGAAAGCUGAAGCUUCACAUAGAACAGAUUGGCUUACCAUUAUAAGCUUUGUGAUUGCACUGCUUACAAUUGUUAUUGCCACAUUUUCUACUGGAAUUGACUCACAAUGCUUUCAGUUUAGGAAGAGUGAAAAAGAAGCAGCAGAGGAUGAAGUUCCAUAUGGUUAUGGCUUCUUCCACUUUGUUUUUGCUACAGGAGCUAUGUAUUUUGCUAUGCUAUUGAUUGGCUGGAACACCCAUCAUUCCAUUAAGAAGUGGACGAUCGAUGUGGGUUGGACCAGCACAUGGGUCAGAGUAGUUAAUGAAUGGUUGGCAGUUUGUGUAUACUUGUGGAUGCUGGCGGCUCCAAUAAUCCUGAAGUACAGACAAAAUGCACAAUCCACUUGAGACAUUAUGAUGUAAAGUGUUGAAUGAAUGUUGUGAUAGAUUCUUCUUCUAUCAAAUUGUUGUGCAUAAGAUGAUCAAAACAGUUGCAGACACAAAGACAAUGCAGAAGGACUCGAGAAGACAUACAUUGUACACAUGUACUGUUAUUCAUUCUUUUGAUGAUGUAAUCUACUCCUUUGACUGAACACAAAGCCAACAAAAAGAAAGAAUAUGAAGAUACAAUACAAUUAAAUUUAA